CAACACAGUCCCGUAAGAACCCUGCCCAGACCCACAGGUGGUGACUUCUCGGUGUGACUUCCAGGGAGGAAGAUGGCUGCCCAAGGGCUGCAGAUGGCGCUGUUCCCACUGCUUGUGCUCCUCCUGGUCCAAGGUGCCUGUGGUGGGGGCCUCCAAGAAGACUUCUGCUUCUGCGGCCAGCGGAACCAGACGCAGAGCAGCAACCUCCAAUAUGAGCAGACGUCAGAGCUGCACAUCUCCAUCAAGAACUCCGAGGGUGCUCUGACAGUGAGCGCCCCCUUCCCCGCAGUCCCGGGGGCUUCCCGAGUCCUUCCUGACCGCAGGGGCCUCUACCACUUCUGCCUCUACUGGAGCCACCACACUGGGAAACUGCACCUCUGCUAUGGCAAGAACGACUUCUUGCUGAGUGACCAGGCCUCUGGCCUGCUGUGCUUCCGGCACCAGAAGGAGAGCUCGGUCCAGGGCCCCCCACUGCUUGCCACCUCCAUCAGCUCCUGGUGGAGCCCCCAGAACACCAGCCUGCCCUGUGCCACUGGCUUCACCUUUUUCUUCCACAAGCCUCCCCAGAAGACCCCCCACAAUGCUUCAGUGGACAUAUGUGAGCUGAAGAGGGACCUCGAGCUGCUCAGCCAGUUUCUGCAGCAUCCCAGGAAGAGCUCAAGGAGGCCCUCGUCCACCCCUGACCGACACCAUCUGCAGAGCCUCGAGUCAAAGCUGACCUCUGUGAGAUUCGUCGGAGACACGGUGUCCUUCGAGGAGGACCGGGUCAAUGCCACGGUGUGGAAGCUCCAGCCCACGGCUGGCCUCCAGGACCUGCACCUCCACUCCCGGCAGGAGGAGGAGCAGAGCGAGGUCCUGGAGUACUCGGUGCUGCUGCCCCGUGUGCUCUUCCAGAGGGCCAAAGGCCGGAGAGGGGAGGCCGAGAAGAGGCUCCUCCUGGUGGAUUUCAGCAGCCAAGCUCUGUUCCAGGACAAGAAUUCCAGCCAAGUCUUGGGUGAGAAGGUCUUGGGUGUCAUUGUGCCGAACACCAAAAUAGUCAACCUCUCGGAGCCUGUGGUUCUUACCUUUCAGCACCAGCCACAGCCGAAGAAUGUGACUCUCCAAUGUGUAUUCUGGGUUGAAGACCCGACAUUGAGCAGCCCAGGAAGCUGGAGUGAUGCUGGGUGUGAGACCCUCAGGAGAGAGACUCAGACGUCUUGCUUCUGCAACCACCUGACCUACUUUGCAGUGCUGAUGGUCUCGUCUGUCGAGGUGGACACCGUGCACAAGCAUUACCUGACCUUCCUGUCCUACGUGGGCUGUGUCUUCUCUGCCCUGGCCUGCGUCCUCACCAUCACUGCCUACCUCUGCUCCAGGAGAAAGCCUCGGGAUUACACCAUCAAGGUGCACAUGAACUUGCUGUUGGCCAUCUUCCUGCUGGAUGUGAGCUUCCUUCUCAGUGAGCCGACGGCCCUGACGGGCUCCCAGGCUGGCUGCCAUGCCAGUGCCAUGCUCCUGCACUUCUCCCUGCUCGCUUGCCUCACCUGGAUGGGCCUCGAGGGCUACAACCUCUACCGACUCGUGGUUGAGGUCUUUGGCACCUAUGUCCCUGGCUACAUGCUCAAGCUGAGCCUCGUGGGCUGGGCAUCCCAAUUUGCCUAUGGCCCAGGCUUCUCUUGUGUCAGGGCCCAGGAGCUCACACUGUGCUGGAUCCGGGACUCCCUGGUCAGCCACAUCACCAAUCUGGGCCUCUUCUGCCUGGUGUUUCUGUUCAACAUGACCAUGCUGGGCACCAUGGUGGUGCAGAUUCUGCGGCUGCGCCCACACGCCCAGAAGUGGCCCCAUGUGCUGACGCUGCUGGGCCUCAGCCUGGUCCUUGGCCUGCCUUGGGCCCUGGUCUUUUUCUCUUUUGCCUCUGGUACCUUUCAGCUUGUUGUCCUCUACCUCUUCAGCAUCAUCACCUCCUUCCAAGGCCUCCUCAUCUUCCUCUGGUACUGGUCCAUGCGGCUGCAGGCCCGGGGCGGCGUCUCCUCCUCCCUCAAGAGCAGCUCGGACAGCGCCAGGCUCCCCAUCAGCUCGGGCAGCACCUCGUCUGGCCGCAUCUAA